AUGGCAGUGCUGAGAGUGAAGUUCACUCGAACUAGAAGAGACAAAUUAGCCCAGGUACUUUGGGUAUUGAACUGGGUUUCGGUGGUGAUGGGCAUCAUUCUCUUCAGCCUGGGCCUGUUUCUCAAAGUGGAAAUAAACAAACGGCGCGAUCUGAUGGCAGAUCGUGAACUCCACAUCGUACCGCACAUGCUAAUUGCGGUUGGACUAAUCGCUUGCGGAAUAAAUUUUCUCGGAGGCAAGAUUUGCUAUGACUGCGCGGACACCACCAAAUUUUUACGUUGGAAGCUAUUAAUGCUCCCUUACAUAAUCUGUACAUUCUUUUUCACAUUGUGUGUGCUGGUGGGAGCGCUGAUGUGCUACGGCAUGCGUGGCGACCUGGAGGAGUCACUAGCUUUGGGUUUGCGUGAUGCCAUGUUGUAUUACAAAGACACAGAUACGCCGGGACGCUGUUUCCUAAAACGCACAGUGGACCUGCUGCAAAUUGAAUUCCAGUGCUGUGGCAACGAAGGUCACAGAGACUGGUUCCAGAUCCAGUGGAUAAGCAGCCGCUAUCUGGACAUGUCAAGUAGGGAAGUUUUGGACCGUAUUCGGAGCAACGUCGAGGGAAAGUACCUCAUAGAUGGCGUGCCCUUCAGCUGCUGUAACGUCAACUCUCCUCGGCCCUGCAUCCAGCAGCAGAUUACCAACAACUCAGCACACUUUAACUACGACUACCCGACCGAGGAACUAAAUCUAUGGAAAAGGGGUUGUCGCCAGGCACUGCUGGACUACUAUAUCCACAUCAUGCAUUCAAUUGGUUUAACUGUCCUCCUUAUCUGGCUCUUUGAGUUGUCAGUGCUCACAGGCGUACGUUACCUACAGACAUCCUUGGAGAAUGUGCUACGACAAGGAGACCCUGAAUCUGAGUCGGAUGGCUGGUUGCUGGAAAACAGCUUUGUGGAAACUGCUCGUUCUAACUUCAACAUCAUUAAGAACCUGGGCAAAUGCAACCAGAUUGACACGACUAACAAUGGAGACCCCAACAUUGACCGGCCUUGCACGGCACACUAA